AUGUAUAUAUCGUUUUAUAUUACUGAUUCCAAGAAUGGACUGAUAUUCCAAUAUUUACCAAGUGCCAGUGCACCAACUUUCAGUGAUCUGUGGGUGAAGAUUAAAUCGGUGACGGCAGAGAGUGACCUGACGUUGCAAAAUGAGGUGAAGAUAGGCAAAUAUUUGAAGGCAUCGAAAUAUCAUUCUGAUAUAAAUAAUUUAAAUUACUGGUGCUUGAUAUCUGAUCAAAAAAAUGAAAAAGUCUCGAUUAUGGAUUCAUUUGUACUCUUGGAGACUAUUGAUAAUAUCUUGAUGGAAUAUUUUGAUAAGGAUGCAUUGACUGUUAAGAAACUUACCAACAAUUAUGAUCGAUUAACGAUGAUUUUCAAUUAUAUAAUCGAUGAUGGUGAACCACAGAUGGCAGGAAAUUUAUACUCGAAUAGAAUUAAAGAUGUGAUUCCAUUACAGAACGAUCUAACCAAAUUUAUACAUUCCACAGCGAAAAAUCUUGGCAAUGUUGUUAGUAACACUGCUGUUACUUCUGCUACGUCGAGAAAUAGAGGAUCCUACAAUGGAAGAAUGUUUAAUAAUCCAUCAUCAUCAUUAUCAUCAUCAUCAUCAACUAUUGGUAAUGAAGAGAUCGUUCCAUGGAGAAGUACUAAGAUCGGACAACAUGCAAAGGAAGAGAUCUAUUUAGAUUUUGAAGAAACUGUUCAAUUGGUGUAUCAAAAGAGACAUAGACAUGCCAAAAGGGGCGGUACCACAACGUCAUUAAGUCAAGGGUAUAUUAAUAGCUCUAUAAAUGAUUCCCGAAUGCAAUUGGUUCAUGGUAAUAUACAUGGAUAUAUCAAAGGUAACAGUCUAUUGAAUGGCACACCUGUUGUUGAGCUUAAUUUGAAUAAUAAUGGCUGUGAUUUAGGGAUACCCCGGUUUUAUGAUUGUGUUAAUUGUGAAGAUUAUAUGAGUGAUAAUGAGGAUAAGAAGUUAUUAAAUACAAAAGUGAAAUUUCUUCCACCUGAUGGGAAAUUUAAUUUAAUGGAAUAUAGUAUUGGAUUAAAUUCAAAACAGCAAAGCAAUAACAAUUUCGGAUUAAUUAGUAUAAAUUUUGAAAAUAAUUUAGGUCGAAAUGAGGAUGAAUUUGAAAUUACUGUUAAUAUUAGUGGAUCUUCAAAAGUUGAAAAGGUUAAGAAUUUAAUAGUUGAUUUACAAUUCUUUGAGUCACAAAUUCAUGAAGAAAGAACGGAACCAAAUGAACAUUCAGGGAAGAUUAAAAUAAUUCGGAAUACUCAUGGACGAUUUUCUCAUGAUAUUGAUUCUGUAAGAGGGAAUUGGAUUUUUGAUGUCAAUACACCAACGGGUACCAUUGCAAUUCUGAGAGGCUGUAUAGAGAACGACGAUAAUGAUAAUCUCCAAAAGGAAAGAAACAGUACUGAUGAGAAAGAAGGACUAGAACAGAUAGUCAAUAAGCAUACGAUGACAUUACAAACUAUAAAUGUCAAAUAUGAACAUGAGGGUCAAUCCGUCUCUGGUAUCAAAGUGAAUUCUAUUGAUGUUAUUAAACAACCACGUUCUUCGCUGCCAUCUAAUAUUUUCAAAGGUGUUAAAUAUCUCAGCAAGAUGGUAGAUUACGAAAUACGAGAAUAUUAG